ACAAAUCUCUCACAGAGCUUUGGAUUUUCGAACUUGCAACUGCAAAUGGCUGAUGCUUUUGUUCAAAUUUUGCUGGAGAAUUUGAACUCACUCAUCCGAAAGGAGGUUGGGUUGCUUUGGGGUAUUGACAAAGACAUGAAAAAACUUUCCAGCUUGCUCUCAACUAUUCAAGCUGUGCUGGAAGAUGCUGAGGAGAAGGAAGUGCAAGACAAGGCGCUUCAGAAUUGGCUGCAGAAGCUAAAAGAAGCAGCUUAUAAGUUAGAUGACAUCUUGGAUGAUUGUGCAACAGAAGUCUCUCGAUUAGAGUCUAAAGCCCAAAAUUCAAGGUUUAUCAACAAGGUAAACACUUCUCUCUUAAAUAAACUUCUUCCAGAUACUAUUUUAUUUUGUCGCAAGAUUGGCAUGAGGAUGAGAGAGAUUAGAGAGAGGUUAGAUGAAAUUGCAGAGGAGAAGACAAAGUUUCAUUUGACUGGGGUAGUUUCACAGGGGAGAGCUGAAGUCAGAGAAGAACGCCAAACAGGCUCCAUCAUUGCUCAAUCUCACGUAUACGGUAGAGAUGAAGAUAAAGAAAUAAUUGUUGAAAAUUUGGUGAAUCAUGUAACUUGUUGUGAUGACAUUUCCGUCUACCCUAUUGUUGGUAUUGGGGGGCUUGGGAAGACAACGCUUGCUCAGGUGGUCUACAAUGAUGAGAGAGUAAGCAUGCAUUUUGAGCUAAGAAUUUGGGUUUGCAUUUCAGAGGAUUUCAGUGUGAACAAGAUCAUAAAAGCUAUAGUUGGAUCUGCAACUGGAACUGCUUGUGAAGAUCUAGACUUAGACCCUUUGCAGAGACGCCUUCAAAAUAUAUUGAACAGGAAAAGGUAUUUGCUUGUGCUAGAUGAUGUAUGGAGUGAAGAUGAAGAGAAGUGGGAUAGAUUAAAGUGUGUGUUGGCAUGUAGAUCGAAAGGUGCUUCGAUUAUUGUCACUACUCGAAGCAGAAAGGUUGCAUCCAUUAUGGGAACGCUUCCCAUGCAUCAUUUGUCAGGAUUAUCAGAAGAUGAAUGCUGGUUGUUGUUUAAAGAACGGGCAUUUGGACAAGAGAAAGAAGAACGUCCAAACCUUGUUGCAAUAGGGAAAGAGAUAGUGAAGAAGUGUAGCGGUGUGCCUCUGGCUGUGAAGUCUCUUGGAAGCUUGAUGCGUUAUAAAAGUGAGGAAAAUGAGUGGCUUUCUAUCAAGGAAAGUGAGCUCUGGAAUUUGCCACAAGAUAAAAAUUCCAUCUUACCAGCCUUAAGAUUGAGUUACUCCCAUUUGCCAUCGAAAAUAAAAAGAUGUUUCGCCUUUUGUGCUGUCUUCCCAAAGGAUUCCGAAAUUGAGAGACAAAAGUUGAUUCAUCUUUGGAUGGCCAAUGGCUUUAUUCAGGGCAGUCAAAAUUUUGAGCCUGAAGAUAUUGGCAUUGAGAUAUGCAAUGAACUAUAUUGGCGAUCCUUUUUUCAAGAUGCAAAAAAAGAUGAGUUUGAGAAUAAUUUAUUAUUUAAAAUGCAUGAUCUUGUUCAUGAUCUUGCACAAUUUAUUGUGAAGGAUGAAUUUGCUGUCAUGGAGGCCAAAGAUUCAAAUAAUAUCUCAAAAAGCACUCUUCAUGUCAGAAUAGAUGUUGAUUCUUUCCAAUCAUCAUAUAAAGGUUCCGAAGCCUUGCAUGGAGUUGAAACCUUAAGGACAUUAAUAAUGGCUCCAGCCUUGGGAUUUUCUUAUGACAUCUCGAGAUUAAUCUCGUUGAGAGUUCUCCGUAUGCCUACAAUUGGAAUGUUGGCGUCAUCUUCAAUUCGCCAUUUAAAGCAUUUAAGGUACCUGGACCUUUCUCACAGCGGUAUCAAACAGCUUCCUAAAUUACUUUGUAGCUUGCUUAAUUUGCAGACUUUGAAUCUGAAAAAUUGUUUUUCACUUCGGAAGCUACCUAAGCGCAUGAGAUGCUUGAAAAAUCUUCGAUAUUUUUAUCUGAAUGGUUGUACCAAGUUAUCUCAAAUGCCUCCACAUAUUGGACAGAUCACUUGUUUAAAAACUUUAACUCUCUUCAUCGUGGGUGAGACGAGAGGUUGCCACUUAACUGAAUUGAAAGAUUUAAAUCUUGGAGAAGAAUUAUGUGUCACGCAUCUUAAUAGAGUGGACAAUCUGAUGGAUGCCCAAGAAGCCAAUUUGGUCGGAAAACCAAAUCUACGCCGCUUGGAAUUAUCUUGGGAACUUAAUAGUGAAUCGGAAUCCCAGGAAAAGGUUGAAAAAGUAUUUGAAGCUCUCCAGCCUCACUCAAACCUUGAAAUUUUGAAAAUUCAAGGUUAUAAAGGUGCCAAAUUUCCAGUUUGGAUCGAUGGUCAAAUUCUAAGUAAUGUUGUUUCUAUCAUGCUCUCUGACUGUGAGAAUUGUCGACAACUUCCUCCCUUGUGGCAACUUCCUCGGUUUCGAUAUCUUACAAUUAUAAAUUUGAUUAACCUGGAGUACAUUGAUUCAAGUUUCCAAGGUGACAGAAAAUUCCCGUCUUUGGAGGAACUCUGUAUUGAUGGAUUGCCGAGGUUACAAAGGUUGUCAAGACAGAAUGGAAGCGAGUUAUUCCCAUGUCUUACGAAGCUAAAAAUUUACGACUGUCCUGAAUUAACCACCCUACCUUGUCUUCCUUCAGCAAAAAGUUUAGUGAUUCGUUCUUGCAAUGGGGAACUUCUAAAAUCAAUCUCACAUUUCAGAAGCCUUACUUACCUACAUCUUGAUACAAAUUGCGAUUUAGUUUACCUUCCUCAUGAGAUUCUGCAAAAUCUCUCCUCUCUUUGCGAAAUGUCUAUUAGAAGGUUCAAAAAGCUUAAAGGGUUUGCCACUGAUCGAGCUAGCCUCAAUGGUCUUAAAUCGUUAACAAUUUAUGAAUGCUCUGAGCUUGAGGCUUUUCCGGAGCAAGUAUUGGAAGGCCUAAACUCUCUUCAGCAUUUGACUUUAGAAAAGUGCAUAAAGUUUUCAAAUUUGUCAGAGGGGUUACGACAUCUCUCCGCCCUUGAAAGCUUGAGGCUUAAGGGCUGCCCAGAGCUGGUGACUUUUCCUAAUGGUAUCAAACACCUUAGUUCCCUCCAGGAGUUGACCAUAUGUGGCGAACACCCAUCAUAUUUGGGUGGCAAUCAUUGUCCAAAGUUGACAGUCUUACCUGAGUCCAUAAGGUAUGCCCCUACAUUGCAAACACUGAUCAUACGCUGGUACCCCGAAUUAGCAUCAUUGCCUCACUGGCUGGGAGACCUAACAUCUCUUCAGUCUUUGUAUAUUGAUGAAUGCCCAAAGUUGUCAUCUCUUCCCGCCAGCAUCCAGAGCCUCACCAAUCUACAAGGAUUGUUCAUUUUGGCAUGCCCUGAACUGGUGAAGAGAUGUGAGAAGGAAACAGGAGAAGAUUGGUACAAGAUAGCACAUGUUCCGAACGUUCGUGUUGUAACCUUACACCCAUUAUAUGGUUGCAUCAAGUUGGGAGAUAUGAAGAGCUAGUGAUACUGUAGGAAUGCCGUGAAGGUAUGAACUGUUAGUUGAUGCUUAUUGCAUAAUUAUUAAUUAAUGUGAAACUUUCAUGUAAUAGUAUAUGUAUACAACAUAUUUCUGCUUGAAGUAUAUAACCAAAAAACCAUGAAAAGGCUCUGUGACUAAUUUCAUUUCGAUUAUGAUUUUCUCCUUGUGUGGAGAUAACGAUACUAAAUUAAAUUAGAUGCAA